UCCUCUUUUAAUAGUCUCUAUGGACAUAACAAACACUCUUGUUGUAGGGAUGAUUCUGAAAAGCAGUUACCUUGAUGGCAUUUUUUCACAUUAUUCAGUGGCAAACCCAAGACUGUCAAUGGCAAAGGAACAAGAAAGAGGGAAACCCCAUGUGACAUCCUGAUUAUUGCUUGAAUUUAUAUAAUCUGGUACUCCAUGGAAUGUUUGUAUAUGUAAACAGUAAAACACAGACAAACAUAUCACAUACCCAUGAGUCUUUUCUUUUGAGUUUGAUUAGACUCCUGGGAGUGAUGGAAAUAAAUAUGGAUAAAAUUCAUUGCAGCAUCUCCUUUUUCUUUCUGCCAGUACAGAGAAAAGUAAGAGAGGUCGCUUCUCAAACAGCUGUGGAGAGAAAAGGAUAUGAUACAUAGAUGAAAAGCAAAUUACAGUUGCUAUCCAGAAAGAAAACACAGAUCACAAUCAGGCACAAAAAAGAAAAAUGUAAACAUGCAUGAAAAUACCCAAGAUCUACCUGUAAACAGCUCGGUACUACAAAGCCGCACAAUGUUCAACCAGUCAUCUAGAGUGGUGGAAUUCCUUCUGCAUGGAUUCUCUGAUACACAGGAAUGGGAGACAUUUCAGUUCAUUACAUUCUUGAUCAUUUAUCUGAUUGCUGUCACUGAAAACCUCCUCAUCGUCACAGUCAUAAUUUUCAGUCCUCAGCUUCACAAACCCAUGUACUUCUUUCUAGCCAAUCUGGCAUUCCAAGACCUUGGCUCCAUAUCUGUUUCAGUCCCCAAAACCUUGGCAAAUUACCUGAUGGACACCAAGACCAUUUCAUACAAUGGAUGUAUCUGCCAGGUUUUCUACCUUUUCUUCUUCACUGUAUCUCAUUUUUUCCUCCUUGGCAUCAUGGCAUAUGACCGCUACUUUGCUAUCUGCAAUCCUCUACACUAUGAGACUGUGAUGAACAGGAAAGCCUGUGUCAAAAUGGCAAUCAGUGCAUGGAUUACUGGGCUUAUCUAUUCCACAGUAUAUACUGGCAGUACAUUCACAAUUGAGUUCUGUUCUAAUGACAUCAAUCAGUUUUUCUGUGAAAUUCCACAGUUAUUCAAAAUUGCUUGCUCUGACUCACAUCUCAUCGCAUUUUGGGUUAUUUGUGUCGGUGACGCUCUGGCCUUUAUCUACCUUGCUUUAAUAGCUUAUUCAUAUGUUAAAAUUUUCAGUGCAGUUCUAAAAAUUCCUUCUGCCCAGGGAAAGGAAAAAGUCUUCUCAACUUGCUUGCCACAUCUUAUUGUAAUAUCUUUAUAUUUUGUUAGCGGUUCAUUUGUCUAUCUGAAGCAAAGUUCUGUGUCACUAUCAUCAAGUAACACAGAGUUUUUUGAUCUUGUUCCUACUAUGUUCUAUUGCAUGUUUCCACCAGUUAUGAACCCAUUAAUCUAUAGCAUUAGGAAUAAGGAAUUGAAAACAGCAUUUUGGAAGUUGAAUGCAAAUCUCUUCUCCCAAUUCUUCCCCAAUUUCUAAUGGCCAGAACAUGGAUUACCUUUAUAUUUCCAUCAAAAACCCUCUAAAUAAUUUCUAAACAUUUAUUAUACAUAAAUCACUAUUUGCAUACCAAAUGUAAACCUUU